UUUUUUUCAAGAUAGGGACAUGUUGAUGUGUUUUUCUUUACGUUUUUCGUUAGCAUAGCCAGGAAACAUGGUUGAAUUGAUUUGAAAAAACAAAAAUGGUGAUAUUUAAUCUAAGAGUAUCAGGUUUGAUGACUUUGGUGUCCAAUUCUUUGAAAUUUUGAUGAUUUCUUUUAAAUAAAUAGCUUUUAUAGGUCUCUUUUGCAUUUGUGGGGUGAAACUAAUUUGUGAGUUAAUUUAAAUUGUUUUGUGACUUAUGUGUUCGCUUAUUGACAUUUAUGGAUAAAUACUUCGGAUAUUAUAGCAUUAGUGUUUAAGAAAAAUUGUUAUGCUGGUUUGAAAAAACAGUCAGAUUUCUGUCAAAUUUUUGGAAGUUUUGGAACCAGCUUUUUGAAAAAUGUGGUAUAUGUAGUCUCCAUGGAUACAUUGAUUAAAUAACAACACACAACUUUAUUCUUAUAAAAAGUCAUUAAAGAACAAUCAAUGUGUGCCUGUCGAUUUCACAAAGUAACUAAAUUAUUUAGGUUAUUGUAAUUACUCAAGACCAGAAAAACAGUCUUUUGUUCCAUUGUAUUUUAGUGACGUAUUAUUUUCAGAAGUUAUUGAAUGUUAAAAUUCAUUAGAAAAACAAUCAUUCAUUUGUUAGUUAAAAUCUUGGGGGGAUUGCAGGGUUUGACAUUGUUUAUGUGUUUUAAAAGUUAUUUGUGGUUUUAGAAGAUCUGUUUUGUUUUAUUCAGAUCUUUGGAAUAAGUAAUCAGUGUCUGGUUCAGGUUUCAAAAAAUGCCUCAAUAACACAUUUGGUCUCCUUGGAUACGAUCAAAUAAAUCCCGAAUACUUGAAUAUUAAAAAAGUUUUUGGAUAUAUAUUUCUCCAGUAUUAUUUCUAAGUAGUUUAGUUUAUAUUUAAACUUAUUAUUGUUUAGUUUCAUUUUCUAAUAAAGAGGAGUUUUGAAUAAUUAGUUUUUUACAAAUGCUGUGUUGGUCCUUUGCAUGUUUGGAGCUGUAAUAAAUUUUCACGCUGAUCACAUUUUCAGAAAUAGUCAACAAUAUUAAUAGUGAUGUGGUGAUUGGAAAACUUUUUAUCUUAUCAGAUUACUGUAUUAUUUUAAUUUUUUUUUUUUUGGCUUAUCUCCAGGCAAAAUAAAAUGGCCAUUUUAACACUGGAUAUGGGUUUCUAAACCAAAUAAACAGUUUCAUUUUUUGUAGGAGCCCCUGGAAACGGAGGAAAGGCCACUAAUGUCGGCCUGAUUAUGUAGAUCCCUACUUUAAAAGAUGUACAUGUAUAAAGUUUUAAUUUUAUAGAUGUACAUUUCUGCUGUAGGCUAAAUGUGGGAGUAUAAAGGUAUUACUGAUGGGGUGUCAGAGUAGCUGUGGCUGUGAUUGUGAGAAAUUGUGGAGCUCAAAAACUUUAGUUUGAUUAGCGACAAUUAAGAUUUUGGUCAUUUAUAAAUGCUAUUGGAAACAUUUUUUUAAAUAACUUUGAUGCUUUUAAAGUAUUAAAGUUGUGUAAGCAGUGAUUUAAGUAUAAUAGUAAUGAAUGGAUCACGUAUCUUAUCCUGGCUAUUAUUAAGAAUGAUAAAAUGUAUCUGUAGCAUCACAGAUUUGUGAGGAUGGGUUGUUAUAGAAACUGAGUAACUUGUUGCAGGGUUUUAUUUGAUUCACACUAAUGGCACAAUCUAAGACUACAAGUGUUUCAUUAGCCUUUAAAAAGUCAUAAACACAGUGUAUAGCUCUUUAAUUUAUGUUUCCAAAUGUUUAAGAGUUUAUGGCUAGGAAUGAAUUACCAAUAAAUCUAAAUUUGAUUUAUUGUGUUUAAUGAUUGAUUGGUACCAAGAUGAAGCUGCAAGUUUGUUUGUCUGAGUGGUGAUGGUCUAUACGUGUUUGAUCAUUGAGUUUUAGAGUUUGUUCUGGGUUUUAUGUAAAAUUGUGUUUUUUGUUCUUUUGUGUGACUAAACAUUAGCUUUAUUUAUUUCAUCUCUUAAUUCCCGUUCUUGUUGUAUAAUCACAUCUAGCAUACCAUUAAUAUUGUUAAUUAAAUAUAUUCAAGAAAAACAAACACAUUCACAAACCUGGGUUAUUGUAUUGUUGGUAUUUCAGUGUUCCCUCUAAACAAUGCUUUGGACUUUUGUGAUUUUUACAAGAUACAUUAUUAUAGCUUUUUGCUUUGUUUUUUUUCUUCACAGCCCAUACCAUGGAGCUUCCAGCGGAUGGAUCCCCGAUGUUGGAGGGACUUCCAGAUAAUGGUAAGGAAGACGGUAAGUUGUGUUUAAAUGGAGCAAACAUGGUUUCUGAAGACCAUGGAGAGGAGUUGAGGUAUAGUUCACCUCCACAGUCUGAGGACUCUUCUACCAGCUCCAGUGGUAGCUCUUCUUCUAGCUCCAGUGGUAGCUCUUCUUCUACCAGAUCCACUGGUAGCUCUUCUUCUAGCUCCACUGGUAGCUCUUCUUCUAGCUCCACUGGUAGCUCUUCUUCUAGCUCCACUGGUAGCUCUUCUUCUAGCUCCACUGGUAGCUCUUCUACCAGCUCCAGUGAAGAUGAGGUAGGUAAUGGAGACCAGGACUUUAGAUCCCGAUUUCGGGUUGUCCAGGUCCUUCAACCAAACAUUAAAUUCCUGUGGGGCAUCGGCGUGCUUGAACAGGCAUUGGAACGUCUGAAAUCGACGGUUGAUCAGCUGGGCUCCGGUGACAGUAGCCCAGUGGUCCUUGCCAAUGUUGCAUUGCAGCUGCCUGAGAUUCUUCCCCGUAAUUUCAAAUAUAUACAAGACAUUGGGGUGGCUCAGAAGCCCCAAGAAGACAUGGCUCCUUGUACUUCUCUUGAAUUUCCAUCUGGACUUGACAAACAGGAAGAGCCCAUUUUGCGUCCAGAGAAGUCCAGUCCUAUUGGUACCUUGCAACAUCCUCAGGUAGGUUUGAAAGAGGACGCGGCUCAUGUGACAUCUGUGACUGGUAUAAACGGGAAGAGGAGAAAGAACAGUGAUGAUGAAGAGCAGCCCCCAGCCAAGAGGUCUAGGCAGACUGUUACUGAAUUGGAGCUUGCCAUCAAGUCUAUUGUCCAGUCCUUCCCCUCCCAAGAGAUGGAAUAUGAAGAUCCCGUUGUGUUACCACCUGUCCUCUGUCUCUCACCUUUGAUGUCGUGUGAGGAUCCUGGACUGUCAUCCCCUAUCCUCAGUCCCUCCUGUAAAAGUCCUGUUUUCUCAUCCCCCGUCCUCAGUCCCUCAACAUUGACUCACUGUGAAGAUCCCAUUUUGUCACCCAGUGUUUUCGGUCUCUUACCAUGGAUGCCAUGUGAGGAUCCCAUUCUGUCUCCCCUUGUCAGUCCAUCAUCAACACACUUUCCAGAUUCAAAUUGUUUGUCCCCUGACUUCCGUUUCGGGAUGGAUACUGAAGAGGAAGCAGAAGAGGAAGCAAUACCUUCAACCUCUAGUGGAAUUACAGCAAGAGAGAGUUCCAGACACUUGUGGUUUAGACCUCACUACGACUUGUCAGGUGAUUCUGAUUAGAUUGGGAUCCGUAAAAACUGAAGACCUGUUUGGGAAGUCACUUUAGGACGUCAUCAUUCCUCUCAUGUUUUUUAUUAAAGUCAAUGGGUUUCUAGUUAGCCUGAGGAAGCCUUAGGUAGCGUCUUGCACUGGGGCUUUUCUUCAUCUUUGUGUUUUCCUCUCAGCUCCCCCAUGUUUCAGGGUGUAAUAGUGGUGCUUCCCAACACGCUGCUCUCCAAUACAGUAAAUUAUUCUGUCCUGUUCCUCUACUAAUCCAGUCUCCCAGUUUUUAAUCUUUCAGGUUUUAGCUGCUCAUCACUGGAUCCUUUCAUCGUUGUCCAUGUGGUUCCUGCCUUCUGGAUCCCUUGUUUUUCACACUGCUUGUUGGAUCUCCUCAUCCUGUAAACCUCCACCUUCAACACCACCAGUCAGACGGAGGAAGAUAAGAGAACCCAGUUCACAAAAAGAUUGACCAACAAUGAAAGCAGAAACCUGCUCCACCUGUAAACCUCCACCUUCAACACCACCAGUCAGAUAGAGGAAGAUAAGAGAACCCUGUUGACAAAAAAAUUGACCAACAAUUAAAGAAGAAGACCUGCUCCACCUGCUGAUCUACUGGCUGUAACAGAUUGUGGAAAAGCAUCACCAGCAGCACUGGACCAAUCAGGAGAGAGAAGACACAGAGGACUGAAGGGACACAGAAAAUCCUGCUGGAAAUCCUGAGAUGAAGUUUCCUGAUGUAACCGGGGGAACCUGAGGACACAGAAUAAAGAAGGACCAUGUGAAACUCAUGAAGAGGAUGGUCAGAGUCGUCCAUAGCUUUCUUGACUCUUAUGAAGAAUCCUUCUUUGCUUCAUCUCCAGAGGUU